CGUGCAAGAAAUGUGAUGAUGGACGUCCAUGUCAAAGAUGCAUUAAGUAUGAACUUACGGACACAUGCAAGGACUCUAUCAGAAAAGAGAGAAAAAAGGGCAUUAAAAGGGGUCCUUAUAAGCGUAAGCAACAAACAG